GUUCAGAUGAUUUAAGCAGCAGCUCCAGACAGAUCAGAGCUCGAUCAUGGUUUCUCGUGGUUUUUACUGGACACUGUGGAUGUUGUCGUGUUUUGGACAAUAUUUAGGUGAAGUUCUGCAGUUUUCUCAGCCGGCUAAUGGAGCAGUAGGAGGAAGUGUGGUGUUCGCCCCUGAUAACCCGCCCUCCACAUCAAUUUUUACAAUUCAAUGGCAUUUUGAAACAACUGUUAUAUUGACAGCACUGUCUGAUUCAACUGCAAUAUUCCCAGCAUACAGAGACAGAGUCAGUUUUGACAUAAACACUCUCGCUCUGGAGCUCCGGAACCUGAGACUGGAUGAUUCUGGAACAUACAGACUGACUGUAAUACCUAGUGCUGGAGAUCUACUUACAGGAGAAACUUCACUACAAGUGUUCGAAAAUAUAACUAAUGUCAGGCUUAUUGGUCCAGAAGAAUCAUUAAUAGAGGGAGAAACAUCUGCUUACAUCACCUCUGAGGGAACUGGCAGCAUCACUUCUGUGCAGUGGAUGAAAGAUAACAGUCCUCUGUCUCCUAGCAACAGCAUCAUCUUCUCAUCUGAUUACAGAUCAGUGUCCAUCAGUCCAGUGCAGAGAUCAGACAGUGGAGAAUAUAAGUGUACAUAUAGAAACCCUGUCAGCUCUGAGACGGCAAAACUCAGCCUGAUCAUCACCUAUGGACCAGAAGAUGUUUAUAUUAAGGGUGAGGAUGUGGUGAAUUUAGGGGUCCACAUGUCACUCUCUUGUUCUGCAAAUUCUGAACCUUCUGCCUCAUUCAGCUGGAAGUUUAAUGGAGCAGACACUGGUGUGACCACAGACACAUUCACCAUAGAUCAGACUGACUUCACACACAGUGGAGAUUAUGAAUGCACAGCCAGGAAUAGUGUCACAAAGAGAAGUGUCUCACAAAAACACACUUUACUAGUUAAAGAAAUUAUAACCUUCUGCCUCAUUCAGCCGGAAGUUUAAUGGAACAGACACUGAUGUGACCACAGACACAUUCACAUACGAUUGUCAUGUCAUGAUCUUUCAGUGAAGCACGGUUCUGUGAUCAGCAGUAAAUCUCCAUCCAAAGGCCAGAGGGCGCUCUCACGCUGACACUCCAAAUACUCCUCGCAGAAGAAACCCAGGAAAUCCCUAUAGCGGUUGCUCAAUAAACAGAAGAUUUAACCGCUUUCAUUAAUUCAAAGUGACUAAUAAACACACGACUACGACAAUAUAUGAUUU